GCAAUUCCUGAAAUUCAUUUUUUUCCUUUCUUUCCACCGCAAUCAAGCCCUUUUUCUUCUGUUUUAUCUCCGUUUGUGAAAAUUUUCUCUUAUUAGAGCCCUAUUUUUGGUCGUUUUAGUCCGCAUAAUGAGCUGGAUCGCUCUGACGACCGAUUGAGAGGGUGGUUUGUUUGUUUGUUUUCUUCUCCUCUCGAAAUUACUCUAAAAUGUCCAAAUUUUUAAUUUUUGGUUGAUAAUUAUGUAUUUUUUUAAUAAAUCAGUGUGAGAUGCUUGCUCUAUAUCUUUCUAACCUACCAACUCCGUCACUUAUAUUAAAUAAUUUAUCCUAUAAAUCCUCCUCAAUAGCGCUUCCCUUCUUUUCCGUCUGCCGUGUACUUGUUGCGUUUGAUUUGAACGUGGUAAGAAGUGCUGAUGGCUGAAUUGGUUGGUCCACGGCUUUAUAGCUGCUGCAACUGCCGAAACCAUGUUUGCCUUCAUGAUGAUGUUAUUUCCAAAGCCUUUCAGGGAAGAAAGGGGCGAGCAUUUCUGUUUUCUCAUGCAAUGAACAUAGUUUUGGGCCCAAAGGAAGAUCGGCUGCUGAUGACAGGACUUCAUACAGUUGCUGAUAUAUAUUGUAGUGAUUGCCGUGAGGUGUUGGGUUGGAAGUAUGAAAGAGCUUAUGAGGAUAGUCAAAAGUACAAGGAAGGAAAGUACAUACUUGAGAAGUCCAAGAUCAUAAAGGAGAAUUGGUAUCAGUUUUAAGUUCAUUCUUAAGAAAUCAAAGAUUAUUAAGAUGAAAGUCUACUAUUUGUGGUUUCCAAUUGCUUGAAAACUGAGUCUUCAAACACAAAAUUUUGUGUUUGAUAAUUCUGUUUGUCCAUCUUGUACAUGUCAAUUGAUUGAAUGCCAUCUACGUCUAUGUAUUCAUGUUGUUUUAAUGUCUGCAGUUCGUGUUUUGGAUGCUGUUGAAUUGAUUGUGCAUAAUCUGUAACCAUGUGGUAUUAUUAUUGUAAUUUGCAACCAUGUUAAUGAAUUCCUUGGUCUGGCUGCACUUGCCAUUAUG